AUGUCAUCCGCCGAGCUCGGCCUCGUCGCCGCCGUCCUCCGCCGCUGCCCCUCCUCCCCCUGCAGCCUCCUCGUCUUCGGCGUCACCCACGAGACCCCCCUAUGGGCCGCGCUCAACCACGGCGGCCGGACGGUGUUCGUAGGCGAGAGCGCGUACCUCGUCUCCAAGCUGGAGGAGAGGAACCCGUCACUGGAGGCGUACGACGUCCACUACGGGACGAAGGUCAGCGAGCUGUACGACCUCCUCGAGUACUCCCGGCGGGAGGCCUCCGGGGAGUGCCGGCCGGAGCAGAACCUCCUUUUCUCCGACUGCCGGCUGGCGGUCAACGACCUGCCGAAUCACGUGUACGACGUGGCGUGGGACGUGAUACUGGUCGACGGGCCGCGCGGAUAUUGCGCGUCGGCGCCGGGGAGGAUGGCGGCGAUAUUCAGCGCCGCCGUGCUGGCGAGGAGCAAGAGGGGCGGCGCCGGUGCCGGCGAGACGCACGUAUUGGUACACGAGAUCGAAAGGGAGGCGGAGAGGGUCUGCAGCGAUGAGUUUCUGUGCAGGGAGAAUUUGGUGGAGAAGGUUGAGAAUUUGGGACACUUUGUUAUCGGAAAGCUGAACUCCGGCGGUGGUGAUGGUGGCCAUUUUUGCUCCUCCGUUUCCCCCAAAUCGACUUGA